UUGGCCGGAUUAUAUUCAGAUAUUGCUGUCCCAUGCUACUGAGCGUACUAUUUUUGCGACUACUGAAUGAUAAAUGGAAUUAUCGAGUGUUUAAAACCAGGAGAAACUGGCGAAUACGCCCUUAAGUUCAGACUCAACUCACAGUGUUGGGAUAAUCUAAAACUUUGAUCGGAUUUUAAUCUUCCUCAAAGUUUUUUCAAAUCGGCCAAAGCAACAAAUUGGAAUUUUUUGGUGUUUAUGUGAUGUUUUGUACAGUGAUGUGAGUGAAAUGUGAAAUGUCUAAAAAAGACAUAGACCCCUGCUGCCGAAGACUUUCGAUCUUCGCUUGCGUUUGUGCUGUUCUUUCCCUUUUCGUACACACGUAUAAUGUAGGAAAAACGGAUUUUGAUAAGGAUAAAUUAGUGAGUGUUCUAGAAGAUGGGUUGGAGAAGAAGAUUGAAGCGUAUUUGGAGGGCGUUCGUCGCACGAAGAGGGAUGCCAUGCUGGUAAGAAAACCAUCACAAAGCCAAGAAGACAACACAGUGGCGCCCCACGUGGAAUUCUUCAACCCCAAGAUGCGGGGAGAGUUGGAGGAAAAGGACGCCGAGCAGAUGAGGAAAACGGGGGCGAAGGGACCAGCUCCAGGAGGGGACACGUGGGUGUGGCUCACCAGUUAUUCCAGGGUGCCAUACAAAGUCGUCCAAGGAUUCUGCAAAGCGACGCAAGACUACUGUCCUCCCGGGGUACAGGGGCCCAAAGGCCCCGUGGGUCUGCCGGGACCUAAAGGGGAGAGGGGCGAUCCUGGAGCCCCGGGUACAGCUGGCCAUGCGGGGAGCAGAGGGCCCGUGGGGCCUCCGGGGCCUAAAGGGGAACGGGGCAUGCCAGGGAGUCCCGGUCUAGAUGGAAGAGAUGGAGUACCAGGGGAACCAGGGCUCGAUGGCAUGUCGGGGAGAAACGGCGCAGAUGGAGCCCCCGGGAGAGACGGCAGAGACGGUAUACCCGGCAAGGACGGGAGCCCGGGGAAAAACGGGAAGGAUGGAAAAGACGGCAAACCCGGCGCCAUCGGGCCCCAAGGCCUCCGCGGCUUCAAGGGCGACCGAGGCCCCGUAGGCCCCAAAGGCCAGCGCGGGGACAACGGCCGCGACGGGGCCCCGGGGAGGCCAGGGCUCUCCAUCUACAAGCAGGGAGAUCAGAAUCCGGAAAAGGAGCUGCUGAUACCGCCUACUUUUGCCCAGGACCAUACCAGGGUGAUCGUCCGGGAAGGCGAAACACUUCGCAUCAGCUGUAACCCGUCCGGCAAACCGGAGCCUGGCGUGGAAUGGCGCAAGGCUGACGGUUCUGCUAUUAUACAGGGUUCUUGGCGAGAUGCAUCCGUGAGCGGCCCGCAGUUGAGCAUACCGCACGUGUCCCGCUGGCACACGGGUCGUUACGUCUGCCUUGCCAACAACGGGCUGCUGCCAUCUGCCAACCAGACUACUGACGUGGAAGUAUAUUUUAGUUCUUUCAUCCGUGUCUAUAACAACAUUGCCUAUGUGUUCAACAAAACGGCAAAGAUACAGUGUGAGGUCCAAGCCUGGCCUGAACCCGUGCUAGCCUGGGAGACAGACACAGGCACCAUCGAAGGCUCCCGAUACCGCACCGAAGUUGUCCCCACACGAGAACCCUGGCGGUGGAUCAUGAAACUAGAAAUACAUGGAGUCAAGGAGUAUGAUCUCAAGCAGUACAGCUGUGUUGCCAAGAAUGAGGUGAAGAAUCAAACUGCUGAUGGAAUUAGGGGCAAUAUACAGUUGUUGUAUCCAAACCGCAACAUGACGAUGCCGCCACAGGAGCACCCCCUAGAAUUCGGUGACCCCCCGCCUCCCCCCACGUCUCUGGACGACAUCUGUCCCGUCAACCAGGGUCACGACUGCCCCACCUGUCCCCGGUGUGACCGGAGCAAGAUCUUCAUCUCGCCUCUCAUCUCCAAUAUGACGAAUAGGCCUAGGAGGAAUAAUAAUUGUCAACUGUAUGCGAUUGGAAAACCGGUUUACCAUCGAUUUAAAGACGAAAUGUUUGGAGCCUGGCUUCGCGACUCAAAUUCUUCAGAAGCUCAGAAAGAAAAACUUUGGACAACGCAAGAGAACGACGUAGAACGUUUAAGAGAAUACUGGAGCAAGACCCGGUUCAAGAACGACCAAGUUGAUCAGCCACAUAAACUUCAGAGGCCAUUUUUCGGCAAUGGUCACAUCGUGUACGGUGGUUCGUUUUUCUACCAAGCCAACGACUCUGGAAAACCAGGCGACAUCAUGCGCUACGAUUUGACACAGAGCCGCAUCAAGAUUGUGCAGCUGCCGCAUCGUGGCGGGCGACUGUAUACUUCACAGCAUAAUCAGGUUGAUUUCAGUGCUGAUGAUAAUGGACUCUGGGCAAUUUACUCCUUAGAAGGUUCUAACAAUACUGCCGUUGCUAAGCUAAGUUUUGACCCCAACAAGGAUGACUUGAACAUAGACUACAUUUGGAACAUUUCUUUGAAUCAUAAACAAGUUGGCGAGAUGUUUAUAGUAUGUGGAGUGCUCUAUGCCCUCGACUCUGCAACAGAACGGGAGAGCAAGGUCAGCGUGGCCGUAGAUCUCUACCAAAACAAGCAACUAGAGGUGUCUCUACCGUUCACUAAUCCUUUCCGGAAGACCACGCAACUAGGAUAUGAUCAUACACAUAAGGAACUGUAUUCUUGGGAUCGCGGCAACCAGCUCACAUACCCAGUCAGAGAACGAGAUGUAGGGCAAUGAAAACUAGGAAAAUAAACGUUUUGUUUCUGCAUUAUGGUUUUAUACUUUGCUUACAAGAAUGCUGUUAAUAAUUAAA